UGCGCGCUUUGCCUGGGGCCCCUUUGGCAGCUAACGGAAACCUCUCUGAGCCACUGACUCCAUUUGAAGGACGCGACUUUGCAGAACUGCUCCUUAUGGGCAGUUACCUGAGCCGGCCUCGCCCUCGGCUGGCAGCCUCUCCUCUGCUGAAUGGGGAGCAGCCCGAGGCAACUGAGAGCCUUGGGCCCAGGCCCGCGCAUCCCGCCCACGGUGUUCCCCGGGCUGGCCGGGUUCACUCGGCGGCCUCGACCCUGGACGUAGCUCGCAGGCUGUCAUACGAGGAUCUUGUGGCUUCACCACGUCGGCGGCGGCGGCGACACCGUCGGCGGUUUGCCAUAACCCAUCGGCGGCAAUAUCCAAUCCAGCAGGCCCGGUGUUUAUUUCUGGGGGUCUUUUCCUCUGUGCCCCCGACCAGCCACCCGAAGCCAGCGCUGUCUGCUUGCAGCUCCAAGAUGUUCUGCCACUCCGUGAUCCUGAGGAUGGUAUCCGCUAAGGGCAAACUGACGCUCCGUUUGGCUCUGAAGCAGACGGUCAUCUGUAUGUGGUCCUCACUUUCUGGUCACUUCCCAAAUCUGUGCGUAAGGGAGACCUUGGUGAGGGCCCUUGAAGAGAACCGCCAGGUGAGCACCAAGCCUGAGAAGGAGCUGGCCUCCCUGGCCGAGAGCAGGGAAGGGCUGGCCAAGUCAGAGGAAGGACACCCAGUCCCUGAGAAGCAGGAUAAUCUGAGAAGGGGUGCCGAGGGCAGCCAGAGUGUGCCAUCUGCGUUCAGACGGCUGAUGGUCAAUGGAGUCCUCUCUUCCUUCGUACCCAGGCCUGGGCCUUUGAAGAGAGACUUCUACUCCACGAGCUUAGAUGAUGGCCUGAUUAAGAAAUCCCACACCUGCUUUUUGAGCUCAUGCAGCAAACGCAAUGCCAUCACCAGUUCUUACAGUUCCACUCGAGGUGUCCCGCCACAGAGAUGCUGCCGAUGCACUGCGGGGAUCUGGGGCGCAGCCUCCUCCCAGCCCCAGCCACCCACGAAGAAAGCCAGCGAGGAAGGCUGUCAUUCUAGCUCUUCAGCCUCAGUAGAACCACAAAGGAAGAUCAGGAACGAAAAGGCUGCCGAGGGAGAGGAUGGGCAGAAGCAAAGUUUGAGCAAUCACUCACCUCCCCCUGACAGUUCCAGGCCCCGGAGGCGCAAGAUUCCUCUACUGCGGUCCUCCAGGCGAAAUGACCCAUUGAUCUUGCCUCCACCGCCCCAGCUAGGCUAUCGAGUCACCGCUGAAGACCUUGACUUAGAGAAGAGAGCUGCGAUCCAGUGGAUCAAUAAGGUGUUGGAAGGAUGAUGGAGCUAAGAUCCAGAGCAAACUUGAGGACCAUGACAUCAUGACUCUUCUGCAUAUGAGCUAACCCUCAAAUCUGAGUGUCUAGGCUUUACUCUGUGCUUGUAGUGCAAUAUUACAUUCCAUGUAGGGUCAUUUUGAUACUUAAAUAAGAUAAUCAUCUAAAG